AUGCACUUCACAACCGGUGCACUCACUCCCCUUUCAAGCAAGAGACGUCAUCCAAACCCCACCCGCGCCACUUCGAGACUAUACUCCGUCAGGGCUUUCCCGUCCCCACACCCACAGGCCCCAAUUGCCCUUGCGCAGCCGCGCGCGGCUCGAAACGACCCUUUCCCCAGCCCAUCGCGCUGCGCACGUCGCAAGCCGCCUGCCAAAAUGCCGGUCAAGUUUUGCAGCAACUGCAACAACAUGCUCUACCCGCGCGAGAACACCAAGGAGCUGCGCCGCACUGGGAAGAAGGAGCUCAUCUACUCGUGCCGCAACUGCUUCGCUGUACAGGUCAUCCAAGUUCCGAACGAGGCCGUGUACAAGAAUGUGGUAGUUCACACGGCAGAAGAGAAGAUGAGUAUCACGUAUGAUGUCAGUCUAGAUCCUACGCUGCCGAGGACUUUUAGUGCAAAAUGCCCGGAUUGCAGCGGAAGCGAAGCCGUCUACUUCCAAAGUCCUGUUGGGAAAAACGACGAAGCCCUCGUUUUGGUGUUCGUUUGCGUCACAUGCAGCAAGCAAUGGCUGUCCAGCGACGAAUAA